AUGUCAGUGAAGGAGGAGGAGGACGUGAGGAGGUCUGCAGAGGAGGAGCAGAGGAACCCGGAGCUGAUGGAGGCUGUGAGGGUGAAGCAGGAGCCAGAGGAGGCCCCUGGAGACCCGAGCUGGUGGAAAAACCAGACAUCACAUGAGUGUUUUGGUUUAGUGAAGGUCGGAGCUACUGACACAGCUACAGACCCCAGCUACAGACCCCAGCUACAGACACAGCUACAGACCCCAGCUACAGACCCCAGCUACAGACCCCAGCUACAGACCCCAGCUACAGACCCCAGCUACAGACCCCAGCUACAGACCCCAGCUACAGACACAGCUACAGACCCCAGCUACAGACCCCAGCUACAGACCCCAGCUACAGACCCCAGCUACAGACCCCAGCUACAGACCCCAGCUACAGACCCCAGCUACAGACACAGCUACAGACCCCAGCUACAGACACAGCUACAGACCCCAGCUACAGACACAGCUACAGACACAGCUACAGACCCCAGCUACAGACACAGCUACAGACACAGCUACAGACACAGCUACAGACACAGCUACAGACCCCAGCUACAGACACAGCUACAGACCCCAGCUACAGACACAGCUGCAGACCCCAGCUACAGACCCCAGCUACAGACCCCAGCUACAGACCCCAGCUACAGACCCCAGCUACAGACCCCAGCUACAGACACAGCUACAGACCCCCCCAGCUACAGACCCCAGCUACAGACACAGCUACAGACACAGCUGCAGACCCCAGCUGCAGACCCCAGCUGCAGACACAGCUACAGACACAGCUACAGACCCAGCUACAGACCCCAGCUACAGACCCCAGCUACAGACCCCAGCUGCAGACCCCAGCUACAGACACAGCUACAGACACAGCUACAGACACAGCUACAGACCCCAGCUACAGACACAGCUACAGACCCCAGCUACAGACACAGCUGCAGACCCCAGCUACAGACACAGCUGCAGACCCCAGCUGCAGACCCCAGCUACAGACCCAGCUACAGACCCCAGCUACAGACCCCAGCUACAGACCCCAGCUACAGACCCCAGCUGCAGACCCCAGCUACAGACCCCAGCUACAGACCCCAGCUACAGACACAGCUACAGACCCCAGCUACAGACCCCAGCUACAGACCCCAGCUACAGACACAGCUACAGACCCCAGCUACAGACACAGCUACAGACACAGCUACAGACCCCAGCUACAGACCCCAGCUACAGACACAGCUACAGACACAGCUACAGACACAGCUACAGACCCCAGCUACAGACACAGCUACAGACACAGCUACAGACCCCAGCUACAGACCCCAGCUGCAGACCCCAGCUACAGACCCCAGCUACAGACACAGCUACAGACCCCAGCUACAGACCCCCCCAGCUACAGACCCCAGCUACAGACACAGCUACAGACCCCAGCUACAGACCCCAGCUACAGACCCCAGCUACAGACACAGCUACAGACCCCAGCUACAGACCCCAGCUACAGACCCCAGCUACAGACCCAGCUACAGACCCCAGCUACAGACCCAGCUACAGACCCCAGCUACAGACCCAGCUACAGACCCCAGCUACAGACCCCCCCAGCUACAGACCCCAGCUACAGACCCCAGCUACAGACCCCAGCUACAGACACAGCUACAGACCCCAGCUACAGACCCAAGCUACAGACCCCAGCUACAGACACAGCUACAGACCCCAGCUACAGACACAGCUACAGACCCCAGCUACAGACACAGCUACAGACCCCAGCUACAGACGCAGCUACAGACCCCAGCUACAGACCCCAGCUACAGACCCCAGCUACAGACACAGCUACAGACCCCGCUACAGACCCCAGCUACAGACGCAGCUGCAGACCCCAGCUACAGACACAGCUACAGACCCCAGCUACAGACACAGCUACAGACACAGCUACAGACCCCAGCUACAGACACAGCUACAGACACAGCUACAGACACAGCUACAGACACAGCUACAGACACAGCUACAGACACAGCUACAGACCCCAGCUACAGACACAGCUGCAGACCCCAGCUACAGACCCCAGCUACAGACCCCAGCUACAGACCCCAGCUACAGACCCCAGCUACAGACCCCCCCAGCUACAGACCCCAGCUACAGACACAGCUACAGACACAGCUGCAGACCCCAGCUGCAGACCCCAGCUGCAGACACAGCUACAGACACAGCUACAGACCCAGCUACAGACCCCAGCUACAGACCCCAGCUGCAGACCCCAGCUACAGACACAGCUACAGACACAGCUACAGACACAGCUACAGACCCCAGCUACAGACACAGCUACAGACCCCAGCUACAGACACAGCUGCAGACCCCAGCUACAGACACAGCUGCAGACCCCAGCUGCAGACCCCAGCUACAGACCCAGCUACAGACCCCAGCUACAGACCCCAGCUACAGACCCCAGCUACAGACCCCAGCUGCAGACCCCAGCUACAGACCCCAGCUACAGACCCCAGCUACAGACACAGCUACAGACCCCAGCUACAGACCCCAGCUACAGACCCCAGCUACAGACACAGCUACAGACCCCAGCUACAGACACAGCUACAGACACAGCUACAGACACAGCUACAGACCCCAGCUACAGACCCCAGCUACAGACACAGCUACAGACACAGCUACAGACACAGCUACAGACCCCAGCUACAGACCCCAGCUACAGACCCCAGCUACAGACACAGCUACAGACCCCAGCUACAGACCCCUACAGCUACAGACCCCAGCUACAGACACAGCUACAGACCCCAGCUACAGACCCCAUCUACAGACACAGCUACAGACACAGCUACCAGACCCCAGCUACAGACCCCAGCUACAGACACAGCUACAGACACAGCUACAGACCCCAGCUACAGACCCCAGCUACAGACACAGCUACAGACACAGCUACAGACCCCAGCUACAGACCCCAUCUACAGACACAGCUACAGACCCCAGCUACAGACCCCAGCUACAGACCCAGCUACAGACCCCAGCUACAGACCCCAGCUACAGACCCCAGCUACAGACCCCAGCUGCAGACCCCAGCUACAGACCCCAGCUACAGACCCCAGCUACAGACACAGCUACAGACACAGCUACAGACCCCAGCUACAGACCCCAGCUACAGACCCCAGCUACAGACCCCAUCUACAGACACAGCUACAGACCCCAGCUACAGACCCCAGCUACAGACACAGCUACAGACCCAGCUACAGACACAGCUACAGACCCCAGUUACAGACCCCCAGCUACAGACCCAAGCUACAGACCCCAGCUACAGACCCAAGCUACAGACCCCAGCUACAGACCCAGCUACAGACCCCAGCUACAGACCCCAGCUACAGACCCCAGCUACAGACACAGCUACAGACCCCAGCUGCAGACCCCAGUUACAGACCCCAGCUACAGACCCCAGCUACAGACCCCAGCUACAGACCCCAGCUACAGACCCCAGCUACAGACCCCAGCUACAGACCCCAGCUACAGACACAGCUACAGACCCCAGCUACAGACACAGCUACAGACCCCAGCUACAGACCCCAGCUACAGACCCCAGCUACAGACACAGCUGCAGACCCCAGCUACAGACCCCAGCUACAGACACAGCUACAGACCCCAGCUACAGACACAGCUACAGACCCCAGCUACAGACCCCAGCUACAGACCCCAGCUACAGACCACAGCUACAGACCCCAGCUACAGACCCCAGCUACAGACCCCAGCUACACCCAGCUACUGACCCCAGCUACAGACCCCAGCUACAGACACAGCUACAGACCCCAGCUACAGACCCCAGCUACAGACCCCAGCUACAGACCACAGCUACAGACCCCCCCAGCUACAGACCCCAGCUACAGACCCCAGCUGCAGACCCCAGCUACAGACCCCAGCUACAGACCCCAGCUACAGACCCCAGCUACAGACCCCAGCUACAGACACAGCUACAGACACAGCUACAGACCCCAGCUACAGACACAGCUACAGACACAGCUGCAGACCCCAUCUACAGACCCCAGCUACAGACCCCAGCUACAGACCCCAGCUGCAGACACAGCUACAGACCCCAGCUACAGACCCCAGCUACAGACACAGCUACAGACCCCAGCUACAGACCCCAGCUACAGACCCCAGCUACAGACACAGCUACAGACCCCAGCUGCAGACCCCAGCUACAGACCCAGCUACAGACCCCAGCUACAGACACAGCUACAGACACAGCUGCAGACCCCAGCUACAGACCCCAGCUACAGACCCCAGCUACAGACCCCAGCUACAGACCCCAGCUACAGACCCCAUCUACAGACCCCAGCUACAGACCCAAGCUACAGACCCCAGCUACAGACCCCAGCUACAGACACAGCUGCAGACCCCAGCUACAGACCCCAGCUACAGACCCCAGCUACAGACCCCAGCUACAGACACAGCUACAGACCCCAGCUACAGACCCCAGCUACAGACCCCAGCUACAGACCCCAGCUACAGACCCCAGCUACAGACCCCAGCUACAGACCCCAGCUACAGACCCCAGCUACAGACCCAAGCUACAGACACAGCUGCAGACCCCAGCUACAGACCCCAUCUACAGACCCCAGCUACAGACCCAAGCUACAGACCCCAGCUACAGACCCCAGCUACAGACCCCAGCUACAGACCCAAGCUACAGACACAGCUGCAGACCCCAGCUACAGACCCCAGCUACAGACCCCAGCUACAGACCCCAGCUACAGACACAGCUACAGACCCCAGCUACAGACCCCAGCUACAGACACAGCUACAGACCCCAGCUACAGACCCCAGCUACAGACCCCAGCUACAGACACAGCUACAGACGCAGCUACAGACCCCAGCUACAGACCCCAGCUACAGACCCCAGCUACAGACCCCAGCUACAGACCCCAGCUACAGACACAGCUACAGACCCCAGCUACAGACCCCAGCUACAGACCCCAGCUACAGACCCCAGCUACAGACCCCAGCUACAGACCCCAGCUACAGACACAGCUACAGACCCCAGCUACAGACCCCAACUACAGACGCAGCUACAGACCCCAGCUACAGACCCCAGCUACAGACCCCAGCUACAGACCCCAGCUACAGACACAGCUACAGACACAGCUACAGACCCCAGCUACAGACCCCAGCUACAGACCCCAGCUACAGACCCCAGCUACAGACCCCAGCUACAGACCCCAGCUACAGACCCCAGCUACAGACACAGCUACAGACCCCAGCUACAGACCCCAGCUACAGACACAGCUACAGACCCCAGCUACAGACACAGCUACAGACACAGCUACAGACCCCAGCUACAGACCCCAGCUACAGACACAGCUACAGACCCCAGCUACAGACCCAAGCUACAGACCCAAGCUACAGACACAGCUGCAGACCCCAGCUACAGACGCAGCUGCAGAAUGGAGCGUGUCCUUCAGGCUUUCAAAUAAACAAAACAAAACAGCAGCUUUCCUGACUCCGGGACCAGCAGGAGGCCAGUCCCUGUGCUCCUCAGAGUCCCAGCAGGAGGCCAGUCCCUGUGCUCCUCAGAGUCCCAUCAGGAGGCCAGUCCCUGUGCUCCUCAGAGUCCCAGCAGGAGGCCAGUCCCUGUGCUCCUCAGAGUCCCAGCAGGAGUCCAGUCCCUGUGCUCCUCAGAGUCCCAGCAGGAGGCCAGUCCCUGUGCUCCUCAGAGUCCCAGCAGGAGGCCAGGGCGUCCCGGAGUACAUCACUGUGUGUGUGAAGACAGAAGAAGAACCGUACGAGUCUGAGGAGGAAGAGGAAGAGGAGGAAGAGGAAGUGGAGGGAGAGGAGGAGGAGGAGGAGCUCAGCCCAGAGCCACGUCCAGAGACCGACCCAGAGACAGAGCACUCCUCAGACUCGGAGCAGGACUGGACCGGGCCCCGCGGCUUCUCAGAUCCCAGCUCUGAAGAGACGCACAACAGACGCUCUCCUCAGCUGCAGACUGUGAACGCUCAGAGGUCGUUCACGUACCUCAUCGAGCUGAAGCGACACAUGAGCAAACACACGGCAGAGGAGCGCGCUGCCGCGGCGUCCAACCAGCAACCGCCGCCACAGGACUGA